AGGAUUGGAAAGAGCCUGAAAAUACUGCUCUCAGUGCCCCACGACACAGCGGCGGAUCUCAAGGCGGCGUACCGCGUCCCGAUCGUCUACACCUACACCGAGGACGCCUCCGCCUCGGUGAAGCCGAUGUUGCAGGCGUCGGUGCUCUCCGCUCUGCAGCACAUGCCAGGGAUGGCCCUGCACCUGCUGUACCACGGGAGCGCUGACAUAGGUUUUCGCGAUUGGCUGGAAGCGCAUGGGGUCAUCCU